UCUUCACCAUUUACAACCAAUCCCAAUUCCCAACACAACCUUUUCACACACCCAAAACAUUUAUCCCCACCGCCCCCCCCAAAAAAAAAACAGCCAAUCCAAUGGCAGCUUCUUCUUCACCCUCCUCCUCCUCCUACGCCGCCUUUCUCGCCGCCGUAGUAGUAGUCAUCUCCCUGCUCGCCUCCACGUCAUCCGCCUCCAGUAGAAGAUCCCUCUCCCCCGCCGCCGCCGCCGAAACCACCAACACCGAGUUCAUCCGUACGUCCUGCAGCGCCACCACGUACCCGAAGCUCUGCUACAACUCCCUCGCCGUCCACGCCACCAAGAUCCAGACCAGCGCCAAGCUCCUCGCCACCACCGCCCUCGACGUCACCCUGGCGUCAGCGAAGUCCACCUCCGCCGCCAUGCUCAAGCUCUCCCGCACCCACGGCCUCGCCCCCCGCCAGUCCGCCGCGAUGCUCGACUGCAUCGAGGAGCUCGGCGACUCCGUCGACCAGAUCCGCCAGUCCAUCGGCGAGCUGGCCGGCGCCCGCACGUCCCCCGCCGAGUUCCAGAUGAUGAUCAGCGACGUCCAGACGUGGGUCAGCGCCGCGUUGACCGACGAGACCACGUGCAACGACGGGUUCGCCGGGAAGGAGAUGGCCGGAGAGGUGAAGACGGCGGUGAGAGGGCGGAUCGAGAAGAUUGCUCACCUCACUAGCAACGCCUUGGCUCUCAUCAAUGCCUAUGCUGCUCUUCAUAAUUAAUUAGAUUUGGACCUCAGUAAAACGACGUCGGUCCGGCCGCCUCCUGUGGUAGUUGGUAAAUUUAGCUGCUACGUGUUGUGAGGGGUAUUAUGGUAAGAGUGUAUAUAGGAAGUUGGUUGGUUUGGUUCACUUGGGUUGAAUAUAAUGAGCGGUAGUUGUGUGGCGGUUGGCUUGGCUUUUAGCUAGUAGGGUAAGUUGAGUUGAAGUUACUAUGUUGUAAACUGUGAAGUAGUAGUAGUUCAAGUGUGAGUUUUCUGUACUCAAGUCUCACCCAUGUAACGCACAAGAAGUUGUAGCUACUAUAUAUGGAAGAGAACCAUGUGUGUUGUCCAAAUUUGGCCUGUGAUUGAUGACCGUUCGGUCAAUCUCCUUAUCUGUUUUUGGGCGUUUAUCGCUCUAAUUUAACUAUAUAUUAUCAGAUACAUGUCAGUUUGCUAUAGGACUUAGUGAAAUGUGUCCAGCACAGAAACUAACAACUAAUAAAUGGUAGUUGUGCCA